AGUCCAUGCGUCCUGCCAGCAGAAACAGUAGGAACUUUGUAUUCGCAUACACAGUAUCAGCAGGGAAUGGACUGAGAGAAGGAAAUGCGUCUAACGCAUUGUUACUGGGAGAAACUACGGAUUACACAGCCUGCAGUUUAAAGCCACUUUCUCAUGCGUAAACCAUCUGAUUACUGGACUGUAACCGAACCUUCCCGUCUGCGGAACCAGCGCUUUGUAUGAGAAAUUACACUUUUUUAGUGCCAGUUUUAGAUUUUUUUAUGCGAUUGUUGAGGGCUGCAGACUGAAAAGACGCGCUUAUCUGUCCUGCUCGAAGUGAGUGAGGUUUCUGGAGACUGAAGACAUGAGACCGUCUAUCAUCUGCGCGCUUCUGCUGUUAAAAGUUUCUUUCGGAGAUGCCUGUGCCAGUGGCCAGUUCACUGAAACAGGGCGGUGUUGCAGUCUGUGUCCUUCUGGCUUUGGGGUGGAGGUAAAGUGUGGGAAAGAAGAUACCAAGUGCACACCAUGCCCCCAGGGAACAUUUUCCUCAUCUGAAGGCCUCGGCCCUUGUCUUCCCUGUGCCAAGUGCCCACCGAGCGUCCCCAUGGUGGCCUCUUGUUCUGCCACUCAAGACACACAAUGUGAAUGUGACAACGGCUACUUUUUUUUGAGCAACUACGGGCUGUGUGCACCUUGCUCCAAGUGCAAUCGUGGUGAGGGUGUUAUACAGGAGUGUGGCCCACAGGGAAACACGCAGUGCCAGAUCUGUGGCCUGGGAACAUUUUCUGAGGAGCAUCUUAGCACCAAACCCUGCCAGCCCUGCGCCCAAUGUUCUGACAGUGAGGUGGAGAUCCGAGCCUGCAUGCCCAACUCUGACACACUCUGCAUGGAUAGGAAGCUGCACAUUUUGUCUCGACCUCCCCUGGAUGGGCCUGAUGGGACCCGUGAUUCUCCUCGCUGGCCAGAUGAAGGGGAGUCCAGUCCUUCCCCUGGAACACCUAAGUUUACCUUGCACGAUGAGGGUGGCAGCAACAACAUUCUGGCCUAUGUGUCUGUUCUGGCUGCCGUUGUGCUUGGUCUGCUUCUUUAUGUGGCUUAUAAAUGCUGGAGAUCAUGUAAACAGAAGAGGGCUCUAUCUAAGGCCCGUGCGGCUGAGUUGGGAACAUCUCCAGAGGGGGAAAAGCUCCAAAGUGACAGCGGUGUUUUUCUGGACUCCCACAGCCUACAGGACAACCAGCCAAGCAAAGGUACUAAGAGGGACAGCAAGCAGGACAAUCGUCUGUACAUCAACCUACCCCCCCACAGACAGGAAGAGGUGGAGCGUCUCCUGCAAGAGGGAGGGGGUCAGGGGUGGAGGCAGCUGGGCGCAGCGCUGGGCUAUGAGCCUGAACAGCUGGACCUGUUUGGGCGUGGAGAGGCCCCAGCUCACACGCUCCUCUCUAACUGGGCCCAGAAAGAAGGCUCCACUCUGGGACUGCUGUGUUCUGCACUGGCCCGCAUCGAGAGGCCUGACGUGGUAACAGUUCUUAACUGCCCCACACAGGGUGUUUCUGUGGUCUGACGGCUCCUCAAACACAUGUGUGACACUAAAAGACUCAAGUGAAGAAUUUCCAUUGCAAUGACAAGGGAGGCACUCUGAUAUCAAAGCCUCUGUCACUGUUGGAGGCUGCCUUUGGUUGUUCUGAUUGCUUUGUUAGACACUUAUAGUUCUGUUUUUACCAAAAGAACAAAUUUAUUCUUGGAACACUUUCCUCAACUCCAGUUUAUGUCACCAUAUGAUUUUACAUGGAUCCGAUUGCUUGAAAAAUCGCAUGUGAUGUGUCUGUUUUCAAUACAAAGCAAAUCAACAGUUAAUACAGGAAAUGAACAUACACAGUGUCGCGACUUUCACUACUGCGGGAAAAUUUUUCAAUUCUGGUUAAUCUUCAAUCCCUUUCUCAAUGGAUAGUGCAGAAACCUAGUCAGAUUGGAUUAGACCUACAAUGACCUCCACAUACAAUACAAUAAGUGCAUUUAUAAUGCAAUUUACAUGCGCACAAAUGCUAGUACUGUGAGUGUUUGGUUACUGGCAGGAAACAGUAUGUGUUUACACAUGUUGCACGAGUUACAUUUUUCUCAAACCACUGUUUAUGUGUAAUUUGGACAGUAAUCAGAUUUAUCCCCCAUACCCUCUAAGAAAUAUCAGCCUUCCACUUGCUAUUGUAAACAAAUAUGGACGGCUUAGAUCAUCACUUUUCUAGUGUGGCUAGCCUUGUUUUAUGAAUCACAACUUCAGCAACCACUUUGGUACUGCAGUUGAUUUUUGCCAAAAAGUCUUCCAAAAACACUGCUUUCCAACAUGAUGUGACUUUCCCUAUUUGGGAUCAUUUCUGUGCACAUGUGCAUGCCUAAAAAGAGAAGAAAAAUCCAAGGAAACCAAUUAUGGGUUUACAUGGCCAAGUGAAAGGUUGAAUCUUCCUAACCAUCCCAAUGAUGCUUGCAGUUAUUUUCUUUAGAAGAACACUUAAUCUAAUGUGUAGAUAGGAACUCCUCAAAAUUGUUUUAAAGAUUUGUUACCUUGUUUUGUUUUUUUCUUGUUUUUUUGCUGCAGUCACUAAGUACCCUUGGUAUUUAUUUACACUGAGGAUAUAUUAUGCACCAGUGAUGUUUCAAAUCUCAUCAGAAGACAUGAAAAUGAAGCAUUUUGUGAAAUAUAAAAACACCUUUCUUAGCUCUUCUUCAUAAUCACCUAUGUAAAUAUCUUGAAUAUUGAUUUCUUUUGAUAAGUCAUGACUUAAAGUGAGAUCAUUUAUGAACUGUGACGACUGACGAAAGGGAAUAGAAAUUACUCUAUUGUCCUUACAUUCAUAAUACACAGGUCCAUUUUUGUCACUUUGAUUUCUCAUUUUAGAUAACACAAAAAAAUUUCAAAGACACUGUUAACACCAAUGCUCGUGUCCAAGUUGCCAUCUUGCUUUUGUAUUUAUUUCAUCACCAUUUAAAGUCUAAAACUAAAUAAAAUCUAUGAGAACCAUGGACAUCUGCUGUGUCCAAGUUACACUAUGUGAUGGCCUCAGAUGGUUUGAUAUUUUUUUAACGCCAGCCAGGUAUGGUUUUGUGUAUAUAUUUCCUAAUGAUAUGCCAAUGUGUUUUUGUAAGAGUUUUAUGCAUUUAUUAAAUAACUUUGACAAUU